AUGCUUGUGGCAUUGCUCUUGCUUUUGGCAUUGAGCAAUGCCUCUAAGGUUUAUGGAGAUUUCGAGCAGUGUGGUUUGAAUCCGAAAUUGGAUCCUAGACCACAUACUGUCUCUAUUUUGGAGUUCGGUGCGGUUGGUGAUGGUAAAACACUGAAUACACUUGCGUUACAGAAUGCAAUUUUCUAUGUCAAGUCAUUCGCUGAUAAGGGCGGUGCUCAGCUCUAUGUGCCACCGGGAAAGUGGCUCACCGGAAGUUUCAAUCUUACCAGCCACCUCACCCUCUUUUUAGAGAAGGGCGCUGUUAUUAUUGGAUCUCAGGAUCCAUCGCAUUGGGAUGUUGUUGAACCUUUACCUUCGUAUGGUCGAGGGAAAGAUGUUCCUGAAGGAAGAUACAAGAGUUUAAUCAACGGUUACAAGUUGGAGGAUGUGGUUAUAACAGGAAAUAACGGAACCAUUGACGGCAUGGGAAUGGUUUGGUGGGAAUGGUACAAUUCUCAUUCGCUUAACCAUAGUCGUCCUCAUUUGGUUGAAAUUAUAUCAUCCGAUUCUGUCGUAGUUUCAAAUCUUACAUUCUUGAAUGCUCCGGCAUAUAGCAUUCACCCAGUUUAUUGCAGCAAUGUACAUAUUCAAAAUGUUUCAAUCUCCACUCCACCAGAAUCCCCCUAUACCGCCGGUAUAGUACCAGAUUCUUCCGAUAAUGUUUGUAUAGAAGAUUGUAAUGUAUCCAUUGGAUAUGAUGCAAUAUCUCUCAAAAGUGGUUGGGAUCAGUACGGCAUUACCUAUGGAAGACCGGCCAAGAAAAUACACAUAAGAAGGGUUCAUCUUCACGCAUUUUCCGGCUCUGCUAUUUCAUUCGGUACUGAAAUGUCCGGCGGAAUUUCAAAUGUUCUAAUCGAUCAUGUUCACAUUGUUAACUCAAAUAGCGGCAUCGAGUUCAGAACAGUCAAAGGAAGAGGCGGUUACAUAAAACAAAUCGCUAUAUCCAACAUCGAAAUGGAAAAUGUUUAUACAGCAAUUUCAGCCAAAGGUAAUUGUGGUUCUCAUCCCGACGACAAAUUCGAUCCAAAAGCACUUCCACUUUUGAAUCACAUUACUCUGAAGGAUAUUAUCGGAACAAAUAUCACAAUUGCUGGAAACUUUAGCGGCAUAGAAGAAUCACCCUUCACCGAUAUCUGCCUUUCAAACAUAACAUUGUCCACCAAUUCGGUUUCUUCCAUUACAUGGGAAUGUUCAAAUGUCUCCGGAUUUUCAGACUCAGUGCUCCCUAAACCUUGUCAAGAACUCGAUAACCCUUCAAACUCUUCCUCCUCGUUGUGUUUCUAUCUCAUGAGUCUCGGUGAGAAAAAUUCUGCAGAGCUUUAA